AGACCCACCAGUCACCACACACCAGAUAGCCAUGAUCUUCUUUUGCACGAGCUGAAAUAAAUCAGUGCCACUGCCAGUCGCAAUCAUGUGUUUUUUCUCGCAUGAAUGAGCGCAUCCACAACGCGAAUGAGCGCUUCCUGCAGGUAACUGGUUUGAAUUUUUUUAGCUUCAACACUGGCGGAGCGGCGGCAUGGAUGCCGAUCUGUGGAAUCGUCGCUGGGCUGAGUCCUUCCCGGACGCCUCUCCACCAGCACCAUGGCCCCAGUCGGACGAAACUGUGGACGAGGCGAUCGUUGCUUCGCAGGAGCGACUCGCUGCACUGCAAGAUCAAACGCGGCGCGAGCUGUUCCUGCUUAUGUGUUUGAGAUCGCACCUCCAAACGAUGCAGUCUGUUGGCUUGUCCACGCCAACAGACGGGGAAACUCCGCUGCAGGCUGCGUUCUCGGAGCGAGCCAGCUUCAAACGACACACGGUGAUGCCUUCGCCCGUGCGCUCGCGCUCAGCGGCUGACAUCCUACAGCAUAAAUCACAGGACGAUGAGUUCUCACCUCCCGCAACGCCAGGCACGACAACAACUAGGGCACUAGUACGGCGACGCAGGGUGGCGACUGACAUCAGAAGGAAACGCAGGCGAUCGUCGCAGCCGAUGCAAUCAGGCGAGUUCGGAGAGUCCAGCGAGGAGCAAAGUGAGCCUGCUUCGGAGCUGGCUGCUGCGGAGCCUGCUACGCCAACGUUAGCCAAGGCGAGGCAGCAGCCGCGCUCGACGCAGGCACAAGAGAUGAGCAGCCGUUCAGUCGACCCCCGGAGCUCUUUACCUGGUACUAGGGACGAACGCGACAAUGCGCGCGCCCGUCUCCGCUACCUUCGCCAGCACGUGGACGGCGAGGCGAGAAAAAUGAUCCUGGGCGUGCGACGUGCGCGUGGUACCGAUGGGUCCAUUGCAACGCCGCUUGUUUGUCGUGAAUCUGAUUUGAUGUCGCCGACGGAACGAUAUCUUCCGCGAAGUCUAUACCCGUCCAGCUUGUUGCAAGUGAGUGACACUGUGCAGGCGGCACCAGGUCGGAGCUCGUCUCCAUCUUCUUCCUCCUCCGGCUCUUCAAGUGAUGACAAUCUCUCCAUAGACAACGAACAUUCGGACUCGACAGAACAUUUUGAGGACGGGGACGACUGCAGCUCCACGACAACACCUUCUGCAGCAGUACCAGAAGACGCUAAACAGAGCGCGACCUCGCACUCCGGGAGGAUGGCAUCUGAGGGGCCCGAUUUGAUCGUUUCCGCCGACAUCGAAGGCGAAGGUAUUGACGUGCUGAUCCGUGCCGCAGAGGCCGUCACACUCGAUGAGCAAGCGGCAACGGAGGCCGCUUUAUCCGAAGGCCCAAGCAAGGCAGCGGUAGUGGAUACGUCCCACACGAGCUUGGCCAGCGAGCCCGUAGCGGUGUGCAAGGAAGUUCAGCCAGUCACCAGCUCUCUAGGUGACGAGCAGGUCGAAGGCUCACACGAAUGUGACGGACCCACUGAGGACGUUAGUGCUGCAGCCGAUGCUGCUCCGGCUGAUGCUACUCCAGUCGAUGCUCCUCCGCCUGAUGCUGCUCAGGCAGAUGCUGCUACGGCCGAUUCUGUUACAGCUGAUGCUCCUCAGGCAGUUGCUGUCGCAGACGAUUCUGUUACAGUCGAUACCACUACGGCUGAUGCUGCUCAGGCAGAUGCUGUUACAAUCGAUGCUACUCCAGCCGAUGCUGCUACAACCGAUGCUGCUCCAGCAGAUGCUGCUACAUCUGAUGCUACUCCAGCUGAUGUGGAGGUCGCAUCAAUUGAUGCGACUGCGGCUGCUGGAGAAACUACCGCUGCCGCGGAGGUUGUCACGGAGACUGCUUCUGUCAGCGGCGGGUCCGACAACACUGUGCCUGCAGUAAGCUCAGAAGCUGAAGCAGCUGGCACAACAGCUGGUAAAGCACCUUGCGGCGAUCCUAUGAAUAUCAUGGAUUGCCUACUGCAGGCGGCGGAGGAGGCCGAGCAGUCACAGGAAUUGGAAGACAGCACCAUGUUACAGAGUGCAGCUGCCAAUACCGCCACCACGCCAACCAAUGACGCAAUGACAGAUGUGUCUGUCCCUACAAUCAGCACCAGUAGUGCUGAGCAGGACACGAAUCACCCGCGCAGCUCCACCAGCCAGUCGGUCAUGGAGGCACUGGGCACUCCGCCAGGAUCACCGCCACCUGUUUCCGACUGCAAGACUCCCGGCGAGGCAACACCGAGCGCUGGUGCUUCAUGCUCCGAGACUAGCGGGGAACGCCACGCAGUAGCUUCCGAGAAGGCGCCCAUUCUGGCAGGGAAAUUGCCGACGCGGAAGAACUGUGAUUCUUUGGAGGACGUUUUCGCCAAUGCCUACUGUCCGCCAACACCGUCUGACGUCCCAGCGAGCAAGGAUGUGCAGGACAGUAAAAGUACCGGCGCCGAAUCGAUUCCUCGUCGCCCGCUCACGCUGACUCGAGCCAGCGAGGGUACCGUGUAUGAGAGCAUCGAGAACGCGCUCGACGAAGCCACGCCGCCCGUGUCCGUGUCGUCAAUCACGCCGGUCAGCGGGCCGAGCGUCUCUGAUGACGGACAUAAAGGAAGUGCGACAUCGGGCGGCUCGGCUGCGAGCAACGGUUCAUCUCCGACUGUCUCCGCCGUAACCAGCCUGCCAUCCAUGUCACCUUUGGCUAACGAGCAAUCCAUCUCGGCCAAGAACAGCCGUCGCUGCGUCUCCGUCAAGGGCAACAAGACGCCGCUGUACGAGCGCCUGGAGGAUCUCGACGUGCUCAUUCAGAACAGCAUCUCGCACUCGGGACUGGUCGCGACCGCUCCUUCGCCGUCGAUCACGUCGCAGCCUUCGAUAAGCAGCAUAUCGGUCAGCGGGCGUAGCGAGUGCUCGACGGGAUCUGACGACGCGUGCAGCCAUGACAUUCAGAGCACGUGUAGUGGAGAGGAAAUCAUCCCCGCCAUGUCCUACGAAGAAGAGCUGGAGGACCUGCGGCGGGCGCGCAGUGAUUGUCAGGAUUCGCUGUCUAUGCGUUCGUUCCUGUCAAGCAGCUCAUCGCUGCUCCCCACCAAGUCAGAGGCGUCAGUAUUGACCAGCUCUCUGCCUACGCCGGCUGCGGCGUCGAGGACGUCAGUGACGUCAGUCUCGCCGCCCGGCACAGGGGCUGGGGGCGCACAGCCACAGGCGCAUGCCGACUCGCCCAUCGCCAUCCUCAACAGUCUGGAGGCCAGCCUGGGACAGAAGACGGCGGUGGCUGGCGGUGGUGACUCUGCAGUGGUGGACGGCAUGCAGCAGCACACCGAUGAGGAUGACUCGCUGCUGAUGCGCAAGAUGGUAGUGAUGGGUAUUGUGGACAGCGAGAAACUCUACCUGGAAGUCCUGCAGAUCAUGCUCAAUAAUUACUGCAAGCCCCUGGCAGCUGUUGCUACUAGCUCGCAGCCAAUCGUCUCUCAGAAAGAUUGCGACACUAUCUUUCACAACCUGACCAGUAUCGUUGACGUGCACGAGCACAUCAACCGCCUGCUUGAGCCACUGCUCGUGGACUGGAGCGUCUCCACCGAGGUCGGAAGAGCGCUGGUCGAGCUGGUACGGCAAUUGCCCGUGUACAAGUCGUACCUGGAUAAUUACCCGCGCGCCAUUGAUAUUGUAACACGCUACCGGCAGGAGUCUGGUGCGUUCUCGGCCUUUCUCAAGGCGGCUGCAUCCAUCAAGGGCUUGAAGAAGAAUGUUCCGUUCGAAGAGCUGAUCCAGAUGCCUGUACAGCGCCUGCAGAACUACAUUCUUGUCAUGCAAGAUCUAGUGCGCUAUACCCCACCUGCACACCCUGACUAUGCCAGCCUGUCAACGUCCGUUGCCGACCUGGGCUCCUUCCUGGCCAACUUCAAUACUGCACGUGCGGCAGGUGGUCGCGAGACGCAAUGUGGACGUAAACUGAUCCAGCACUGCACGUGUGUUGAAUCACAGACGUCGGACGGCCGGCGUAAGUUUCGUCAUCUCUUCCUGUACGAGGACACAUUGCUCUGUUGCUCUACGCCGCACAGGAGCAGGCAACAUAAGGAGAAACUUGAAUGCAAGUGGUACAUGCCACUGGCGGAGUGCAUCGUCAACCCGCCUUUCGAUGCCGACGGCGAUAUAGCUCUGCAAGUAUCUCAGUCUGAACUCAACGCCCUGUCUCUCAAGGUCAACAAAUACAAAGCAGAGCUGAAGCAAAUCAACCGUGUUAUGGCUGAUGUAAAGAAGCGGGCCAAGAAGAUGGCCGAUCGGGAAAAGAUUCGCAAACGUCUCCAGGAGUCCGAGAUGCUGCUGAAGCAGAUGACGGCCAGUUCAUUGGUUCGUUUCGGGCACAAGUCCCAAAAGUACAAGCACGUAUCGCGCUACCUUCCCGGCAAUCGCAUAUCUGCUGUUAGCCUCCCCACCGUCACUGGUAAUAUGCAAGCCUCACAGCCCUCUGUCACCAACCAUGUGCCACUCAAAGAAAGCGACUAUUAUCACAAAAAGCCGUAUGUCAUGCUCUUCUUCGGAGAUCAAGAAGGCAAGGAGUUUGAGGAUGCUGUCACGAAAGCAACUGCUUAUGCACCUGUGACGGAGUUGACACAGUUUGAACUGCAGGAUAUGAUGGCGAAGAGCAAGCUGGAGUCUGACUUCCUUCUGGCUGAGGCUCUUGCGCAGGAGGAAGAAGAUGAGGAGAAUGUGGAGCUUGUGGACGGUCUAAUGACGGUGUUCAUCGAUCGUGCAAUUGGCUUGAAACCCACUCUGCUGGAUGUGACGUGUACAAUGGAGCUGGACACGUACGGGCACUUUGAACGCAAGGCCAAGACACGUGCACAGCACAACAAUGGUGCACCCGUCUUCGAGCAGGGCUUUGAGAUCGAGCUCGAAGCCGCCGAGAGCCUGGUCAUAACGAUCUUCGAGAAGGGGCUCAAGGUGAAAGGCAGACACCUUGGCCGGGUUACCUUGGAUCUUUUACCAUACUGUGAUGAGGAGCCUCAUGACAUAAGCAUUCCCGUGCAUCCUCAAGGUUCACUGCAGCUGUGUGUCCAGUACUUCUCGCCAGAAGUGGCAGCGCGGCGCUCGGAAAUGAUGAAGGCGCACACGUCGACGAGCGUCUUCGGCGAGAAUAUCGAGACCGUCUCCCUGCGCGAAGCUGAUUUGGUGCCAGCCAUUGUAAAAAUCUGCUGUUCAGAAGUGGAGAAACGAGGUCUGGAGGAGACUGGCAUCUACAGAAUUUCCGGCCUGCUGUCGGACGUGAAGAGCCUGAAGCAGGCGUUCGAUAUCAGUAUCAAGGAUGCUCAGAAGCUUGCUGAAGAGGUUGAUGUGCAUGCAGUGUCCGGCUGUCUGAAGCUCUACUUCCGUGAAAUGCCCGAGCCCAUCUUCCCACGCUGCAUGUACAACAAGUUUGUGGAAGGACUCGGUCUGUCGAAUCCUGAAGCACGCCAGCAGUGCAUCCUGUCUCUACUCUACUCCAUCCCCGACCCUAACCUGAUGACGGCAAUCCACCUGAUCAAGCAUCUUAAAGUUGUCAGUAGCCAAAGCUCAGAGAACAAGAUGAAUAAUCAGAACCUGUCCACUGUGUUCGGCCCUAACCUGUUCAAACCGGACACCAAGACGGAAGAGCAGGAUGUCUCCGCCGCUUUGGAUGUUGUCUCUCAGGUUGGCGUGUUCGUAUUCCUGUUGGAGCUUGACUUGGAUGUGUUGUUGAUCGAGGACAAGCUGCCCACUAACAAGCUCCAGGAGCCGCCGGUGUUCAUCAAGGGCCAUCACCGAGGCCAUUCCAAUGCCUCGGCCGGUGUUGGUGGUGGGUCGACGUCCAACCUGCCUAGCAUGAACCCGACACCACCGGCGUCGGCCUCCUCCUCGUCACAGGCCCAGCAGAAGGAGUCCUCACCCAACAUACCACGCAAGCUGUUCAGGCACAAGUAGUAGACCUAUGGCUGUGUGCGCGCGCGUGUGUGUGUCCGUGCCGUGACGUGAACCGCAAAUCAGGCUUGAUUUGAGAGAGUACGAGCAAGGAGUGCACAGCAGCAGUUCGUACUGCAACCCAAGCAGCAAUUAGACUUGAUUUGAGAGAGUACAAAUAUGGACUGCACAGCAGCACCAUCGUCGUCGACAACGCUGAGAAUCAACUCGAGCAGCAGUUCGGCUUGAUUUGAGAGAGUAUGAGAAUGGAAUGCACAGCAGCAGCAACACCGCGUUGUCGUCUUUGACAACACUGAGAAUAACUGCGGAGGUUCACUUGAUAGCAAGGGCACCUAUCUAACUUAUUGUGAUUUACUACUCUCUCUUCUUCCUGCUCCCGCUCCAGGCGAGCUAUGCCAGCGGUGGCGGUGUCCACUAGCUGGCAGCGCCUGAUACGUGUGUGCGUGUGUGUGUGUGCGCGUGUAUGCGUGCGCCUGUGUGCAUCCGUCCGUGUAGAUGAAAUUUCGAAUUAUCUUGUGCUGUUUGGCGCACUCCCUUGAGAGAUUUGUUUUCCAUUGUCCUUUCCUCCCUGUAUUAAUGGUUUGUGUUAGUAUUCGCUUGCUUAUCCGUAAUCACGCACUUUGCCUCGCCCUGUUUAGUGUGCAUAGAUGCACGGGGGUCACUGUCUGCACCCACCGUAGCAGGCAUUGGUGAUUCUAGAUCGCUUUCCUAGAUUCAUUUCCACGUUUCUCUUUCUUUCCCCCCCGGCGUAGCGUACAAGUAGCAUUCACCCUGCCGGGGCUUUGCAGGUUUAUAUCCCCCUCUCCUUGACCUUGCAUCACCGACACGCACUGAGCCGACUCGACAGUCACGUUCGACUCCUGAUGAACCCCACCCCCGAUGCUCGCGGGCAAUUACCUCCCCUUUGAGACAGCACCCCACUCACAGUCGUUGUGUUUCGAGGACGUUUCGUUUACGGAAAACCUAUCCUUUGACAUCGGCAUCGAUGUAGAUUUCACGCAAUUGUGUCUUCUUAUUACUUGAUAUUAAUCUGCUCGGCGAUGUGCGCUCUUGCGAUGAAUAAUUGAUCUUAUUUUGGCACCGUAUUACAAUACUUAGCGCUGCAUGUAUAAUCCCACUAACCUCUUUAACCGCAGGGCUUUGCGGCGGACAGCGUUGAAGUUGCCGAUGAUGUUGUGCAUCCCUUUCGUUGGACCAGUAUUCCUAGUUGUGCGUACUAGUGAAAAUGUGUGUGUGCAUGUGUUUGCCAUCUCUGGCUCUCAUUGACCUCUGCUCUGACUACAUCCUUAGUAAUAACUUCCUUUUUUUCCUUUUUCUUUUCCUUUUUGUAUCUGCUUGCCUGCUGUUUGUUUGGCGUUCUCUCUUCCCCUCUUUGUUUCGCUGCUCCUUGAAUACUCAUCUCUGCGUUGCAUUAGCUCUCUCUCUCUCUCAAAGGCUCCUGAGGCUAGCCUAAGUAUUUUUUUCUCACUUAGGAAUCCUGUCUGCCCCUCUUCGUUUUCUUUCUUUGGUCGUUGUCGCCUUUAUCCUGUAUUUCCGCUGCAGGCGCGUUGUGGCUGGGCCGGCCUGCCCCUCUUCGUUUUCUUUCUUUGGUCGUUGUCGCCUUUAUCCUGUAUUUCCGCUGCAGGCGCGUUGUGGCUGGGCCGGCCGGUGUCUACCCCAGCGCCGUGCUUUCCCCCGUUAUGCUUCCAUUUCCCUUCUCAUUGCUGGUGGCAGCUCGCGGUGGCGUGCCGCCAGUCCCACGAAUAGAGUACAUUAAUUUCACUGUUUACACUAUGGAAGAAAGAGAAUCCAAGUGGGAAAGAAAUGUUGUAACUGUUGGCCAACUUG